UGGACAUUCAUCAUCCUUGAGGUCCCUUCCAACCCUGGCCAUUCUGUGAUCCUGUGAUGCUUUUGUAGGUGCUGUGUGCACCGGUGUCCUAGAGAGAGCCCCAAGGUCCUUGGUUUAUUAAGGGCCUUUUUCUCCAUCUCUCAGUUGUUUUUUCUUCCUUUCUUUCUGUUGGUCUGACAUACGUGGCCCAUCAGGUAAUUCAGCGGGGAGUGGUGCCUUCUUGACCAAGGAAGAGCCCUUUGGUCCCAGCUCAUGGGGAGAGGUUAGGAUUGCUGAAGGGAGAGAGGAUUCUUUGAGUGAUGUGAGGGGUGUAGGAAGGGAGCUGACAGGUUUAGGGUUCCUUUGCUGUGCUCUGCCCAGGCUGUGACAGUGCUGGGGUUCGAUUUUGAGUCACUCGGAAGACAAAAUGAGACAAAGGGUGUUUUGUGCAGCCUGGACCCCUGCAACUCUGCUGUAGUGGCUGCAGCCCAGGGUUUCUACGUUAACUGAUGAAAUGUUUUGUGUUCACUUUGAUACUGCUCUGCCUGCAGUCAUUCACGCAGCACCAAAGCCCCUGUACAGUGCAUUCCUUAAACCCAGAGAAGAAAAUGUGUUAUUUGUGGGCAAAUUAUAUGAUGUACAUUUUUUAAUUGCCAAAUCUGCCUAUGAUGUACUUUAAAAAAUGAUUACUUGUUUGAUGGAAUUGGUUUCAGUUUUUAAUUUACUUUUUCCAGUUGAUCCUUUCUUUUGCGUCCUGACUUGAUCCGUCUGGAGCUGCUGUGAUCGUCUGUCUUCCCAUUGCCCUUAGUUCUAAGGCUCUGUAUCUGCUGUGGGAUUGCCCAGCAGGGAUGAUGGUCAUCUAGUUGCAGCUGGAAGACUGGACCAAGGGUGUUUUUCAGUAGCACUGUUUGUUUGUUACUGGUGGCGUUCUUGUUAGAGAGGUAGAGAGGGGCAGAGCGAAUGAAGUGCUGCGUAGGCAAGUGAAUGAAUGUGAACUUCUCCGUCACAAUUCCUUUGUUCAGGCUUUGGGCAAGGGGAGGAUGUGCUGAAAAGUCCUGUUGCCAACACAGUGAAGCACUCUUGCCCUUGAUGAUGUGUUUUUUCCCAUCAGUCUCCGUACUGAGUUGGCCGUCAUAAGAAGUCCUAGUCCAGCUGCCUACGUACAGCAGUAAGCAGCUGUAGAGGAGGAGGAUCUGGUUUGGGCAUUCUUUCUCUUAUUCUCUUCUGAAUUCUAGCACUUGUCUGAGUGCUAUCAUCUAGCGGUGGCCUUUUCACUGUGAGUUCAGAAAGUGUGUACUGAGGGUUGUAGUUGGAACAUCUGGGUCUGUUGAAUGGGUGCCCUCAUUUUCUUUCCUGCUCUAUAUGGAUUGCAAGAUCAAGAUAGCAGUAACCUGUUUUGUCUUGCUUGUGAACGGGGAAAACCAGCGUUCUGUGAAGCAGAACCCAGUAGAGAAAGAUCUGGCGCUGAAGAUUGCGGAGCUGUUAUGUAAUGAAGAUGCCUGUGAUGGAAGAGCAAACUGCUGGGUUGAGAAAGCUGCCAGGCUGCUCGCUGGGAAUCCUGUUGCUCUCAGAUUGAAGGUGCUGUUGGAAUGCACAGUGCAGUGUGCUGGUAGUCUCCAGCACCCUGUGUGGCUGGGUUUGCAGUGGAACUCUGUGUCGGUGUUACCCCAGUGCAGCCAUUGUUAAAACCACUUUGUCACUUGCUGCAAGAAACAUCAAGACUUGGGACUUGAGACUCCUGAAUCUAUUUUUAUCUGUUGGACCAUGAAAGGACUAACCCAAAGGGCCUGGACAGCUCUGAAGAUGCUGGUUCAAAUGAAAACAAGACUGUUAGUGGCAGUGAUUCCCUUCUUCUCACCAGUGGAAGCUGCAGACCUUCUCGAUCUCCCAGGCCUUCCCCGCAGACCCCCAUCAGCAGUUGAACAUGGAGGAGCAGAGCGUGAGUGGCUGAGAAAUGGAGUUGGGACUCAGGGGAGCCAUAGGUGCUGUGUCACAAACUCCCUGAGUGGCCUUUGCAAGCUCCUGCUCCCCUCGCCUGCAAGUGGAGCAAUGCUCAAGCUUGAGGAGACUUUUCCUGGGCAGGUGGAAAAGAUGGCGCAGCUGCAGGUUUUGUUUCCUUCUUUGUUAUUGGAAAGCAGCCUCCUUGAGAGUAGAAGAGCAGCUGGCUGCCUGCUGUGUGGCUGCUGUGGGCAUUUCUCCCAGCUGAGAUCCCCGAGCCCACGCUGGCAGAAAAUGUGCUGUGCCACCAUCUCUUCUGUGGGGCCACUUUGCAGCUGCUCUGCAUUAGCUGCAAUUGUGCCAGUUUCCAGGUGCCAUAAGCCAGACUGGCGCAGUCUUGGGACUCAGACUUGGGAGACAGUGAAGAAAGCCAAGGCAAGUGCUGCUCUGCUGAGGAAGGAAGCCCAGAAGAAGAGCAAAAAGAACUGACAAGGGCUUGAGCGAGAAGGCCCACAGGACACUCGAAUCAGCUGGAAUGCUUCCUCAGAGGUGGCACCAAAGGCAGCGGACUGAGUUGCCUGGUUUUCACAGACAGUGCAAAGGAACUGAGGCACCUGGAAGGGAAGGGCUUGUGCUGCGUUCCAAGCAAAGAGGGCUUGCCAGAGGCAGGACUUUGGCUAUGGCAAGAGAUGCAGAGGCUUUGUUCCUUCAGGCUGCGUCUCUUCAGGGCCAGAGCCGGUCUAGUAUGAGAUUGAAAUACGGCUAGCUGGGCCUGGAGAGAGAGAAGGUGACGUGGCCAUAGGAUCAGGCUUCUUGUGUCUGCCUGGAGGCUGAAUUGCUAAGCAGAAAUCCUGGACACUGGGGUUUCAUUUUGGGCUGUGUUGAUAAAUACAACCCAAAUCCUUCUGUAUUGAAUAAAAGUGAAACCAACCUUUUAAAA